UGUUCUUUGUUUACUUUUUCCCUUCUUCUUUUACUGCCGUUGCCAUGACAAACGCCUGUUCACGUUUCAUCAAAUCCAAGAACGUCUCUGUGGUAGGCAUUCCAAUCAAUGCUGGCCAACCACGAGAAGGCGUCGAAAAGGGUCCUGCCAAGCUCAUCGAAUUCGGUCUCUUGAACCAACUCGAAGAAAUGGGAUGGACUACUGAACACAAGGAUAACGAAAAACUCGUUGCCAGCCUCAAGCCUUCAGACGAUCCUGAUGUGCUCAAUCUUAAACAGCCCAAAUGGGUCUCUGCAGUCACCCAAUCUAUCAGUGAACAGGUCCGUCAGAGUGCAAUGGACGGCAAGUUUGUUCUGACGCUGGGUGGCGACCAUUCUCUUGGCUUGGCUUCAGUCUCUGGCAUAUUUGCAGCUUAUCCCGACGCAUGUCUUAUCUGGGUUGAUGCUCAUUCUGAUAUCAACACUCCUGCAUCUUCUCCUUCGGGUAACAUUCAUGGAUGUCCGAUUGCAUUCCUUACCGGUAUUGCCGAAGAUCAUCCAGAUUUCCGGUGGGUCAAGCCCUGCUUGGAUGCCCAGCGACUGGUGUAUAUCGGUUUACGUGAUGUAGACGUCGGUGAAAAGAAAAUCAUCAAGGAUCACAAUAUCAAAGCGUUCUCGAUGCAUCAUGUGGAUAAGUGGGGUAUUGGCAAGGUGCUCGACAUGGCAUUAAACCAUGUUAACCCAGACCGUAACCGGCCUAUCCAUCUCUCUUUUGAUGUGGAUGCACUAGAUCCAUCUGUUGCACCUAGCACAGGCACACCUGUACGCGGUGGAUUGACGUUCCGUGAAGGCCAUUACAUCUGUGAAGCCCUCGCAGAAUCCGGAUUGCUGGUUUCGGCCGACAUUGUCGAGGUGAACCCUGACUUGGAAGAUGAAAAUGCUGCAUUUCAGACCAUUCAAGUGGGCUGCUCUCUUGCUCGCUGUUGCUUAGGCGAAGCAUUGUUAUAGUAGCGACAACAGAAGCCUAUUCUUUCAUGCAUCCCUCCCCUCCACCGUCUCUUUCUCUCCAGUUCAAGCAUACAUUACCUACAUUCUACUAUCAUCCUUUGUUUUCUAAUCUAUCGUCUGUAGGUAGUUAUAACUACAUAUUGUGUGUAUAGAUAGCCACCGCCCCGUGUUUUCUUUUUCUCUUACAAUACCACCGUAUAAAUAUGCGUUUUCAGUUACUG